CCACUCCUUCAUAGACACUAUCACUUCCCACCCGCGCGUCUUCUCUGUCCCUCGACAUCAUUCCAUUACGCGGUGGUUAUUGCGCGACCAUAUUGACGCGUAACUUACAGUUCCGACUGGUCGCACACGUGCUUCAGGAGGGCCUUUUUCGUACCUUCAGCAAAUCUGGAUAACAGCAGAAUGACCGAUCCCGAAGAGCUUGACGAGGAUCUCUUCGCCGAUCUGUAUGAAGGUGAUGACACUGUCCCUACGAAACCCAGCCAGCCAGCUCCGACAGCACAGCCCGAGCCACCUGCCGUUUCCAGUGCACCGCCUGCCGAUAAGCCCUCUUUGACUACACCAACGACGGGUGAUGGUGGUGAGAAUGGAAGGCAAUAUGCUCAAGAUGGCGCUGCCUUGGGGGAAUCGACAAAUGCAGCGGGGACGGAGUCGCAUGCUGCGGCGCCUUCACAUGAAGGCAAUAAUCGGCCGUACACCAGCGUUGAGCAGGAUGACGAUUACGGUCCAAUCAACGUCAAAGAAGACGGAAAGAUGUUUAUCGGUGGCCUUAAUUGGGAAACGACUGAACAGUCAUUGAGAGAUUAUUUCUCGCAGUUUGGUGAAGUUAGCGAGUGCACCGUCAUGCGGGACAGCACUACGGGCCGGUCGCGCGGCUUUGGUUUCCUCACAUUCAGGGAUCCGAAAUGCGUGAACACCGUUAUGGUCAAAGAGCAUUUCCUCGAUGGAAAAAUUAUUGAUCCAAAGCGUGCUAUCCCGCGAGAAGAGCAGGAACGGACCAGCAAGAUCUUUGUCGGUGGAGUCAGCCAAGAAGCUACUGAAGAGGACUUCAAGAACUUUUUCAAACAAUUUGGCCGAGUCAUCGAUGCAACCCUUAUGAUGGACAAGGAUACAGGCCGACCGAGGGGAUUUGGAUUUGUUACAUUUGAAGGCGAUGCCGCUGUGGAAGCGACACUGAAAGGCAAUCUGCAAAUUCUAGGGAAGCCUAUUGAGGUUAAGCGCGCUCAACCUCGGGGAAAUAUGCGAGAGGAAGAGGACAAGAAGUUCGGGCGUGGCAAGUUCGGCGGAAGACAUGACGGCGGAGGGUUUGAUAAUCAGCAAAUGCAGAACCAGGAAGCUGGAACAAAUCCCCAAGGCAUGACACCAGCGAUGAUGGCGCAGUACUGGCAACGCAUGCAACAAUGGUUCAGGCAGGCACAGCAAAACUUUGCGGCUCAACAAGGCGGGAUGGCGAACCCCAUGGCAAUGGGAGCGAUGGCCCCUCAGAUGAACCCAGCCAUGAUGCCCCAGAUGAUGGCUGCCAUGAAUCCGCAGGCUGGAAGCCCGCUUCCUCAAGGCCAGAUGAACCCGAUGAUGCAAAUGCAACAGAUGCAGCAGAUGCAGAUGCAGCAGCAGCAGCAAGGCGGAGGUUAUGGUGACGGUUCAAGCAUGAUGGGUCCCGGGGGAAACAGGCCCGGCUACAAUGCACAGGAACAGAUGGCCUUUGAGCAACAGAAAUAUGAGCAGCAGCAACGUCAGAUGCACCAGGGUUAUGGCGGCCAAGGGGGUCCAACCAGCUGGGAAGGCAUGUAUGAUGACAUCCCUCAGCCGUCUAUCCCCGCAGGUCCGUCUGGUCGUGCGAGCCAAAUCCCGGGCCAUGGAGGUCGUGGAGGUGGUGGUGCAGGUGGCUACAACCGUGGGCGUCAAGGAUCCUCCCAACCCCCUACUCAACCCAGCAACGCCCCGCUCAACGCUCCUACUGGCCCUCGUAACGCUGGAAAACCUGGGGCGAAUUAUCGGGGUGGUGGUAGGCACGGUGGUGGUUUCCGUCACAGCCCCUAUGGAGGUGGACCCCGGCAUUAACCUUCCUCGCACGCUUCCGGGAGCAGCACAGGCAUAGGCACGGUCAUAUGAGUUGGAUGCAAUUCAGGAUGCCGAAUCAAUGGGGUUGUUCAAUGCUCCGGCUUCUGUCACCUGUACAUGGAUCUGCUAAGGGGUGGAGGGACGUUCGGCACGCCGGCAGCUGAGGGCUCUGGUGGGUGCCAUAUUGAGAGAAAUAAAUGUACGAUAGCACUGGCUCUAUACCAGCUUUUCUAGGUGUAACUCUGAGUUAUUAUCCCUUUA